AUGAACACGGACUCGUUGAGAUCGAGAAUCUUUGGUUUUUGUCGAAACAAUUGUGAAAAAACGACUCAUGUAUGCUAAGUGAAAAUGUUGACACAAAAAAUCGUUUUCGUUCUGCCUCUGCUGAUCGUGUUAACAGGGUCGAUUCCAGUUUUUGAAAAUGGUGCGAAUAACACGAACGAGACAUUGGAAACAAGGGAAGAGAUGAUGACGCGCUACCGUUUACCAAACAAUUCGGUUCCACGGCUCUACCGAAUAAAAAUAGAGCCAAACAUGGAAGACGAAACUUUAACUUGGGCUGGCGAAUCGAAUAUCGAUCUUGAAGUUUUGACAGUUACGAAAAUCAUCACGCUGCACGCCUAUGAAAAUCUUGUAAUUAAUGAAAAUUUCACAAACGUCGUAGUUUCUACUGGUGAAAAAUACGAACCUAUUGAACAUGUUCGUGACAGCGAAGUCGAGUUCUUGAAUAUUGUAUUCGAUCAAGACAUUCCGGUUGGAAAUCACACGCUCAACAUAAAGUAUCAUGGUACGGACCCUGAGGAAUUCACUGGUUUCUACAAGUCUGCUGCUUUUCCUUCUUUCUCUGUUGCAGCGACACAUUUCGAAGCGACGACUGCGCGUCGUGCAUUCCCCUGCUGGGACGAGCCAGGUUUGAAAGCACGGUAUCGAAUGUCCAUAAAGCACUAUCCAAAUUACACUGCAAUAUCAAAUAUGCCAGCGAUUGAGGCAAUCAAUACCGGAGAUGAAAAGAUCGUUACGAAAUUUGACACGACACCGGUAAUGUCCGUUUAUCUCUUGACAUUUGUCAUUUCUGACUACGAGAGUGUCUCCAAUGAAUUCGGAAAUAUCACUGUGUGGGCUGGUAAAACAGAUUUGGAUGCUUAUACGCACAUUUUAAAUACCAGCCAAAAAGUUGUUGAUUUCAUGGAGGAGUAUACAGGAUUGUCAUUUGGUUUUCCGAGAAUAGGAUCAGUUGUGAUACCGAUGUAUACAUCAUCGGCAACAGAACAUUGGGGUCUGGUUAGUUACAGCUCAAGAACUGUAAGGUUCGAUCCAUCGACUCAUACGACUGUAUCCCUGGAUCGCAUUAAUUUGUUGAUAGCACAUGAAUUAGCCCAUUCAUGGUUCGGCAACCGUGUAACACCAUUAUGGUGGGACGAUCUCUGGCUGAACGAAGCAUUCGCUUCGUAUUUCCAGUACAUCAUCAUGGCUGACAUUAAUAGAUACUCGGACGGAUUGGGACUUUUUGUCGUACGUAAUAACCAAGAAAUUGCAUUCUCUUUGGAUACGCUUGAACAUGAAAUUUACAUCAGAUGGAAGCCUGUCACAAACAGAGAAAUCAGAAAAUUGUUUGGACGAAUUACGUACCGAAAGGGUGCAGCAAUCGUGCACAUGUUUCACAGUGCUCUAACAACCGAAGUCUUUCAAUCAGGAAUUCGAAAAUACUUGAGCAAACAUUCCUAUCAAGCUGUUGAGGCAGAUAAUUUGAUGGCAGCAUUGCAAGAAGCUUACGAUGAGAAUAACAAUGGCAAAGCUCCUUUGAAUGUCAAAGAGACCAUGAUGACGUGGCUCAUGCAAACUGGCGGUCCCGUUCUCACUGUUACACGAAAUUACACCACUGGUGAUACGAAAGUAGAGCAGAGAAGUGUACUGGCCCAGGAUACAGCCAAAAAAUGGUGGAUACCCUUGAAUUAUGCGACGAUGUCGAAUCCGAAUUUUUCAUCAACUUCCCCAUCAAGAUGGAUGAGUGAUAAAGAGGAAAAUUUAACGAUCAAUGGAAUCGACAAAAAUGAUUGGGUCAUUUUCAAUAUUCAAGCUAGUGGCUACUAUCGUGUCUAUUACGAUGACGAAAAUUGGAAACGAAUAGUGGAGUACAUGAACACUGAAAAUUAUAAAAAUAUCCACGUAAUAAACCGGGCACAGCUCAUAAACGAUCUGUACACAUUUUCGCAACCAGAACCAUUCCGGAGUGGCAAACGGUUUUGGCAAUUGACGAAAUAUUUGUCGAGAGAAACCGAAUAUCUUCCUUGGUCUGCUGCGAUGAAUAUUUUCGAGGUUCUGGACCAGCCGUAUGGUACCGGAAUCCAAAGAACAUUCCAGAAAUACAUUUUGGGCUUGAUGAAUAACUUCAUAGAAAAAGUCGGAUACGAGACCAGGGACGAUGACGAUUACGUGACUAAAUUGUCGAAAAAAAAUAUAGUCGAACGGGCAUGCCUUUGGGGUCACGCUGGAUGUAGCUCAUAUUCAUCCCAAAGACUUUUAGAAUAUAUUGACAAGCCCCUGGAGAAUCGGAUCCAUACGGACAGUCAAACAGCAAUGAUUUGUGCUGGUCUCCGCGGGCUCAAUGAAACAACAGCAAAAUAUGUUAUAGACUCUGCUUUUGCGGACGAAACAUUGCUGAUGAAUCUUGGUUGCACGGAGAAUCACGAGAUCCACAGAAAUUAUUUAAACACGUUGAUGGAAAAUUCGACCGAAGAUUAUCUGCGCCGUGCCGCAUUUCGAAAUUUAUAUGCAGGAAGCGACGAAAAUUUUAAUUUUGUAAUCGACUUCUUCUUGGAAAAAUUUCCGACGAUGAUAAAAAAUGACACCAAAAAUUUUUGGGACAGUCCGAUUAGUUCAAUGAUAAUAGACGCGAUUCCGUUGAUCACGAGUCCAGCUCGCCUUGAGAAGUUUCAAAAAAUUCUUGAUCUCGAUAUUUUCGAUGAAAAUAAGGGAAUGUCGAGAAGCAAGUUGAUGAGUAGCGCUCAAAGAACGAUCGCCGAUGCGGAAGUAUUUGUGACGAACUUUCUACGGAUCUUCGACGAACAUUUGCUCCCCGACAACUUGCUACACGAUACGAAUAUUGAAACCGGAACAACCAAUUUAACGAUGAUUAAAAAAAUCAUCAAUUAUAAUCAAAUAAUGAAUAGCCCAAAACAACGAGGGUGUUUCACCUUGUUUCUAUUGCUUUUACUGAUGCAUACUGAAGGAUCAGCGGCUGCGGAUAACAAUAAGACCGAGAAAUACGAAACACCGCAAUAUAGUUUGUCGAACGUGUCAGUACCGAUAUCCUACGACAUUAAAUUGGUGCCCGAAAUAAUAGAGAAUAAUUUCACAUUCUACGGUGAAACGAUGAUAGUGGUAGCAAUCAAAGAACCAACGAGAAAUUUGACAAUGCACAGCAAGGAUCUACGCAUAGACGAGAAUUUCACGAGUCUAUUUGAUAGUGAUAAAAAGGAAUACAAACCAACAAAACACACGUACGAAAACACGACGGAUUUUCUUAUAAUUGAAUUCAACAAAUUGCUCGCUGCAGGAACUUACAAUCUCAAUUUCAAGUACGCUGGUAACAUGUCAAAAGUACCGGAAGGAAUUUUCAACAGUUCUUACACCGAUGAAAAGGGCGAUAAAGUCUGGUUGGUAGCCACGAAAUUUACGCAGUUACACGCACGUCGAGCUUUUCCUUGCUGGGACGAGCCGCAUUUCAAAGCGACGUUCGCCUUGUCCGUGAAGCAUGAUACCAAUUACACGGCCGUGUCGAAUAUGCCGGCCUCUAAAAAGCACGUCGAUUCCGACGGCAAACAGUGGACCACUUUUGCCACGACACCGAUCAUGUCGACUUAUCUUCUCGCUUUUGUCGUCUCUGAUUUUGACUGCCUUCGUGAUGAGAGUGAGAAAUUCAAUGUAUGUGGGAGGAAAGGUGUUUUACCGUACCUCAAACACUCAUGGGAUGUGAGUCAUCGGGCACUUGAACUCUUGGAAAAGUACAUGGAUCUUAAGUACAUUAUUCCAAAAAUGGACCAAUACGCGGUGCCUGAUGCUACAACCGGCGCUACAGAAAAUUGGGGACUCAUAAUAUACCGUGAAUCCUCAUUUGCCUACGAGCCAUUCCAACAGCCUGUUUCUGGUAAACUUUACGUGACUCAGACUGUAGUGCACGAAUUAGCCCAUCAGUGGAUCGGCAAUCUGGUGACGCCUGUAACAUGGAAGUAUUCCUGGAUCAUAGAGGGCUUGCCAACUUUCCUUCAGUAUUGUAUCGUCGACAUGCUGUUCCCUGACUGGAAGCAAAUGGACCUGUUCGUGACACGAAUUAUUCAGGAUACGACUUUCAAUUUUGAUGAGAGUAUUUAUUACAACGCUCUCGAGUGGAGCUCCGAAAAUCCAGCUGAUAUAAGAAAAAAAUUUUCACCACAAAUCUACAAUCGAGGUGCUGCCAUUUUUCACAUGAUGUCAAAUAUCUUGACCCAGUCUACAUUCAAAGCCGGAGUUGUCAAAUUCGUACACCAGAACCAAUACAAAUGUAUAACAUCGGAUGAUCUAUGGAACGCAAUGCAGACAGCACACAACGAAAAGGAAAAAGACUUGAGCAAAAUUCUAUCAAUAAAAGAAAUAAUGAAGGGAUGGGUCGAGCAACAGGGGUAUCCCGUCGUGAAUGUGACUAGAGAUUAUGAGACAGGAAAAGUCGUUAUUAGACAGGAAGGAAAUCUCGAAAAACAUAAAUCGAAUCGCUGGUGGAUACCGAUCAAUUUUGCUACCAAAUCGGAUUUAAAUUUCGACAGUCUGACACCUACUCAUUGGCUUAAGCCAGGAGACGAGAGCCUCGUUUUAGAAGGAAUCGAUAAAGAUGAUUGGAUCAUCGUCAACGUCCAACAAUCUGGAUAUUACCGCGUUAAUUACGAUACCCAAAAUUGGAAGCGAAUUGCCCAGUGGAUGAAUAAUGGAAGCUACGGAAAAAUUCCCGUUAGCAAUCGAGCUCAAUUGAUCAACGAUUUGUCGUACAUGGUAAAAACAAAACGUGAAAAUUAUACCACGUUUCUCGACCUCAUCAGAUAUCUCAUUCACGAAGACGAUUAUCAGCCCUGGCUCCCUACUUUUCGAGCAAUAAGAGAACUUCGUCGAAGCAUGUACGACGAGCAAGUUGACCAGGAAUUAAAGAAAUUCGUUCUUACACUCAUGGAAAAAGUGAUCAACAAAAUCGGCUUCGAAGAUCGAAGCAAAUAUGAGUGGAUGAAAAUCUACAAGCCUUACUACGAUAAACUGGACAAUAAGACAAAAAAAUUCGUACCGACGGAAAAAGCGCUUGAAAAGAUUUACAAGAGCGAGGACUUCCUCACGAGACGUUUCCGCCCAAAGUUUUUGUCUUUUGCUUGCAAUUUUGGUCAUAAAAAGUGCAAAGACUCCGCAAGUGCUCAAUUUCAGGCCAAUAUAGAAAACCCCACAGAAAAUCCGAUAUCACCAGAUCUAGUGGGCUGGGUCAACUGUUAUGGUGCUGACCGUUUCGAAGAUGAAUUGAUGAAAAGUAUCAACGGUUCUGAUACAAAAUAUGUGGGCUAUCUCGGUUGCUCUCAAAAUAAAACGGUUCUGCAGAAGUACGUGAACAAAGUUCUUCAUGGAGAAUUAAAUGCAACCAUCAGACAAGCUCAAAUUGCGAUCGGAUAUCUUUGUGAGGAUGGAGCAGAGAACUUUGAUCGAGCUCUCAACUAUUUUAUCGAAAAUUUUGACAUAAUUUAUAAGCAUUUCGCCAAAGAGCCAUCAGAUCAAAAAGCAUCGUCAGCUGUCAGCAAUCCAGCAUUAUCAAUCCUGCACGAUUACAUCUGGAAAACCCGGACGCAUGAACAAAUGAAAAAGAUAGGAGAUUUCAUGGCGAAGGAAAAAUCUCGCAUACCUGCACGGAUUGAAGACUCUAUUACGGAGCAAACAAAAAAAAUUCAAUGGAGCGAGGAAAACGCUCCAAUAUUGGGAGAAUGGCUUCACGAUUAUUCCUUAAAUAAAUCGGAAUAGCCUCGCCUUGAGAGAUAGAAAAAAAUUUAUGUGAUUUCAAGAUUAUGGAGAUGAUAUUUAGCCUGACCAGUUGUGAAAUUUAAAGAGCUGUCAAUAAAUAUUCAAGAACGUUUAAUUGGAGAAUUUCUGCCACCAAAAUGACUGGAGCAAGUGUAAAAAACCAACUGAAAAAUAAACGUUUCACAACAA